CCGUAGCCAAGCUACGGUGGAGGCUGCCAAGGAUAUGGCAUUUUGAUACUGUAGAGCCUCGACGUCAAUCCAGUGGUACUCGAGGCAAGCCACUCUUCACUACCUUUCUUGUAUUCAUCUUUGUUUCACUCUUAUCUGAAUUGAAUGCCUUGGCUUACCAUAUAAAGAUUAUCCAACUAGGCAGUAGCAUAGGCAGCUGUUUUGACAGAUAUCAUUACAACCUCGUUUGCCUGGCGGGCCGGUCAGGUAAAUCUAUUUCAAUACAGGCCAUUUUCAGAGUGAAGGACGCAGUCACUACAGUAUCGAUCAACAUGGCGAGUCAGAAGCGAAUAACAAAGGAGUUGGGAGAGUUGAUGACAUCUCCGCCGGCAGGAAUAACAGUCAGUCUGGCGGAUGAGUCAAACCUCUUUCAGUGGAAGGUCACCAUGGAAGGACCGUCCGGAUCACCAUAUGCUGGCGGAACAUUCAACCUCUCACUGACACUACCACCCAACUAUCCUUUCAAGCCUCCCACCGUCACAUUCACCACGAAGAUCUACCACCCAAACAUCUCGAACGACUCCCCACCGAACUCAGGCACUAUGUGUCUAGGCAUGCUGAAGGACUCCGAGUGGAAGCCUAGCACCAAGAUGAAUGCCGUGCUGGAGUUCACGAGACAAUUGUUGGAAGAACCGAACCCCGAUGACGCGGUCGAGGCAAAGAUCGCAGAACAAUACCGUAACGACCGUGCAGGGUAUGAGAAAGAGGCUAGAGAUUGGGUCAAGCGUUAUGCCAGCGGAAAGAAAUGAUGCGUCGGAUGUCGAUCAUGACACAGCAAGGACGAAUGAAAGUCUUGCCGGAAGGACAUCACGGUGCCCGAACGUGCAUCGCACGAUAUCACGGAUCUUGAAUGAAUUUGUGCCGUCCGAGGCUAUGGUCAGGUUCACGCCAUGAAGGGCCAAGAAUCUAGAAAACCAUGCAGAUAUCCGGAGAUUGGGGU